AUGGCCCCGUCACCAGCUGAUGAGGUGCAGCUUUUGCAAGCUGGCUUGGGAAAACCGAAUCUUACCAUGCCUGAUGACUUGAAACAUUCAGAGGUCUCUAGCUUGUUCAGUGAUGCAUACCCAAAAAUGAACUCUGCAUCUGGAGGCUGGCUUCUUUACAAAGCAACUGGUGGACAGGGUAGAAGGCGGUUAAAUCUAGUUCCUCCGGAGUCUGAAGGCUACUGUGGGAGCACAAUUAGAAGUGCAACUGUAGGGGGGAAAACAAUGUUGUACAUUGUUCCAUUACAAGAUGAGUUUGACCUGUCACCUCUACCAUCUGAUGCCCCGGAGUUCUCUCAAAUGCCUAAAGCAGAAUGUAAGAAAUGCUUCAAAUCUAUGCCACUACAGAUUCUUGCUCUGCACGUAAAGGAAUGCAACACUGCUGAAUAUGAGACGCUUUCUGACUCAGAACCAGAGCUGACUGAUCUACCUCCUGAUUCACCUGAAUUACCUCCUGUUACUGAAGAAGAGUCACCAGAGGCAAAGUGUCCUGUUUGUCAGCAAAGUUUUCCUGCGAAGGAAUUGGAGCUCCAUGCAAGUUUUUGUGGCGAUUUAGAUAGUCCAGUUGGCCUUCUAAGCCCUGAUAUAAUGGAGUCACAAAAAGAAGAAAUGUCAUGUGAAGAGGAUGUACUGCGAUGGCUUGCUGCUCAAGUUGACACCUCCAAAGAAUUAAGUAUCUGUGUGUCUAGAAUGAACCUCUUAGAAAGAGGAAUGUCACUGUGGAAGCGACAAAAGCUUAGCUCCCCAAUCCACACUUUAAAGGUGACAUUCAUGGGAGAGGCUGGAGUCGACACAGGCGCUCUCCGUAAAGAAUUCCUGACAGAAAUGAUUAGUGCCAUAGAGACCCGGCUCUUUGAAGGAGAAAAUGGUAAAGGAAAAAUGCCUAAGUACUCACUAAAUGACCUUGACAAUGGCCUGUUUCGGGCAAUUGCAAUGCAUGCCGCUGCUCGAAGAACUCCAAUGCUUCAGCCGCUCCGUGAGGGCCUUCAACUUUACCGUCUAGUGGACAUCAUGGAGAAGAACAAAGAAGUGUGCCGUGGCCUCUUUGUUUUUGAAGGUGGCAAUGAUCAGGUGGACUCUGAUUACAUUGCGUCACAUCUUGACCCACAAAUGAGUGAGAGUGGCACUCUAAAGCACAGCAAAGAAAUGCAAAUCUUGAAUAACUUCCAAGAUUUUUUAAUGGAACUUGAAGAUGGAGAUUCUGAGGAUGAGGAGGCACUUUCUGUGUCAAAAGUAAUGCAGUGGCUGUCUGGUCAAGCACAUAGACAUCUGCUCCUUUCAGAGAGACAAGCUUUUAAAAUCACAGUUCUAUUUGACCAUACAUGCAUGGAACGUAUGCCAAACCACAGAAUCUGCUACCCUGUUGUCAGUGCAUGCACCCAGACAAUCACAUUUCCCACUGCACAUUUAACAAGUUUAAAUGAAUUUAAAGAAAACAUGAAAAUUGCAGUGCAGCAGGGAGCUUACUUUUACAGGGUUUAG